CACACGGAGAUGCCGAGGGUGGAAUUGAACCCUAGUCUCCUAGCUGUAAGGUCUGCUUGCUAACCACUCGCCCACCGUGCUGCAUGCUAAGGAUUCAGUUCAAUGUUUACAACCGGUAUCAUGCUCCCCACCUGUGAAUUUGAUACCACGGUCUGCGUCGUACCGUUUUGUCGGUCCAAUCCAAACAGACUCGCAACGAGGCUAAUUGCUUGUUUGAACGACUCGACUCGACCGUUAGAGUCAGAUUGAACGAACAAUGUUUUUUCUUGGGAGAGUGUAAAAAUAAGUUAACCAAUGGUAUUAACGGACUUCUCUGAGAUAAAAUCCGAGUAUACUGUGCUAGUUUCUGACAUCAGCGAGCAUCUGACCGGUAUGAGUCAAAAGUCAAAUGACUCCACGAUGACCUCAGCCGGGCCGCUGGUGUCUUCAUGCUUGGUGGGUGACUGAGGCUUGAUGGUUUUGACUUUAAUGAGGUGUGACUGGGUUUCCUGUUUGCCUCAUAGUUGGAAUCAUCUGCCUUUUGUCCCAUCUUUCGCGUACCAGCCAAGAGAUGAAAGCGCAACAGUGAUGAUGUCAUCCCUGUGACUGUCCCACAGUAAAAUGCAGACAAAGAGGCCAUUUUUCCCCCACUCGGUUCCACUCAACCUGCUUUUGUAUUCGGUGUUGACCCAGCAAAGUGCAAUUCAUAGCAGGUGUAUUGGCUCUUUGGGUUUAUUGUUUUGUGGUCUCAACUUUUUGAAGUGCAUCAAUCUUGUUUUGACGUCUUCCUGUUAUCCUGCUCCCAAACCAAUUCCCACAUCUGUGCAGAAAUCCCACUGUAAUUUUCCCACUUUUUUUAUCUGCUCCCAUCAAGCCACAUAGAUGUGGGAUAUAAAUACAGUAAACCUCGGAUAUAUCGGAUUCAAUUGUUCCCACUGGUUUUGUCCGAUAUAAGCGAAAUCCGUUAUAUGCGUAUACCGGAAAAUGUCCGUUUUUCGCAUAUAUCGGAUUUAUAUCCGGUAUAUGCGUAAAUCGGAUUUUAUCCGUUAUAAAAAGGCACUUCGUUGACUAUGUUUCCAAUGUACCUGGACGCGCAGGCAACGCUGCAAAUGACGUCGUAUAGCGGCCUGUCACGAUUCGGCGAAUCGGAGCGCCACGAUGCGGCCAUCCGAUAUAUGCGAGGGAAAUUUAAUGGAAAUGCAUUGGAACGGGACUGGAGAUUUUGUCCGAAAUAGGCGAAAUCCGUUAUAAAAAAUCCGAUAUAUGCAAUGAAUUUUUAUUGGAAAUGCAUUACAGAAAAAUCGGUUCUUUUUUAUCUGUCCGUUGUGAGCGAAUUUCCGAUAUAUCCGAGUCCGAUAUAUCCGAGGUUUACUGUAAUAGCGAUGGAAAAAGAAGCCAAUAGCAUGCAUGAGAACAGCUUAAAAGAACUUAAAGCGAGAGAAACACGUUUCCAGAGUGAAACCUGGCAUUUUGGAUGAUGAUGAUGAUGAUGAUGAUGAUGAUGAUGAUGUGCCGCCGCCGGCGCUCUUCGCUGCCACGCAGUGAUGACGUGCUCGUUACUGUCUGGACAUGUCUGCCAGUUGCUGCUCUGUCUCUCUAUUUUGGCCCUGCACAUUCCCAUCUCUGGAACGCAUUACUUUUUUCGGAGAGGAUCGAAAAUACGGAGAAGCAAAGUAGCAGGCCUGCACCUCAUGCUGAGCCCAUGUUGGGCCCGCCGUGGAAAAAAAAAAAAAAUAAUACAGCCAAAAACAAAACCACAGAGGUUUUUCUGUUGUCCCCGCUGUGGAUUGGAAAUCCGAGAAGGAGGCAGGAAUGCAUGAGGGCUUGGUCAUGAUGGAGCACGGAGCAGAUCCCGACGUAUAGACAGGGUUGCGUUUGGAAUAAAAACAUGCUAAAAGAAGACUUUGUCACAGUCGGAGGAAGCGCAAUGCAGGCUUGAGUGACGAAACGGAGGGCUUUGCCCCUUCUCCAUUUUGUUCAUGUGCCGACAAUCGACUUGCUCAUGAAGUCCCGGAGCAGCAAUCCAUCCCAGAGUCAUGUCCCGUCUUCCCGCUGAGUGCCUGUAGUCUUUGGCACUCGUGUCAUGACUACCCUGAAGCGCGCACCCAUGGAGUGCACCGUCGGAGGCGCUGUCCCUGCCACCGAUGAAUUUUACCCUCGCCACAUCCGUAUGGUGAAUGGCGGCGCCGUUCCCGUUCGCACGGACAAUAUCCAUAACUCUGUGAGCACGGGAGUGCCAAAAAUGGGUGUACGGGCGCGUGUCGCCGAUUGGCCACCAAGGAAGGAUUUUUCCCGGGCUUUGUGGCACUCGACUACUGAAACGGAAAGCAUCGCCGUGCCUGUAAAAAAUCACAUCAAAUUAGGCUCAAUCAUAAGCCCUCAGGAUUCGUCAAUGCUACGAAAUAUCCACAAUACUCUAAAAAAUCGAACACAGGCCCAGGCGAACAACUACUGCGCCGAUACUCGGUAUUUGGUGCCAGGGGACCACAGAGGUCCACCGCGCAGAAACGCGCAACAUCGGAAAAUCCGUCAGCGCAGCAACAGUGACAUGACCAUAAGUGAAAUGGAAGCCGGCGGGGAUAGCGGAGAGGACUGGGGUCCACCACUGGGGGCCAAAUGGUCCCCUCUUCACCGUGAAUAUGGCAGCACAUCUUCAAUCGAUCAACAUGGAGCUGCCGGGGACAGUUUCUUUGAAAUGCUUCAAGGCUACCAAGGAGAAGUAGACCAGCGUAGUCCAGCUCCAGAUCAACUGGAGGAGAUGCUGAAUCUUCGCCCCAGGGAAGCCACCCUUGACCUCGCCGAGACUGUCACGGAUAGCCAACCUCAGAAACCGAAGGACAGGGACAAGCCACCAAAGAGACGUACUAAAUCCGAAACAGGGGGCGAGUCUAUUUUUCGUAAGCUUCGUAACGUUCGCGCCGAGUCGGAUUCGCCCAGAACUGGAUCGGAUGUUGAGGACAGUCGGAUGGAGGAGAUGGCGCCGUUGAAGCCAUGGUUCUGUCAGAAAGGUUUUUCCCACUAUGACGUCCAGAGCGUUUUGUUUGACCUCAACGAAGUCAUUCAUUUGCGGCAGACGGCGGGCAAAAGAAAGAACACCACCACGGGGGCCUCUGCCGCCGCCGUUGCCUCGGCUACGUCCACCCUCUCAUCCACCCACAGCUUGCCGUACAGCUCACCAAGUGGCAGCCAAGAGGAUCUCAACUCCAGGGAAAGCCCUGGUCUGGACUCCGGCGAUGAACACAGCAACGAAAUGCUUCUGAGUUGCCCGUGCUUUCGGAAUGAGAUCGGCGCCGACGGAAACGGGAGGCACAGGCUGGGGGCAAACGGGGCGGGGUAUUACGGGCUUGUGGGUGGCAUCGUGAGUAGCAGCAGCUCUGGAAACUUGAGUGGGGAAGGGAACAUGUACGAAACAUCUGUAAGCACACACUGCACCAAUGCGGGAGUAGCUGUGUUGGAGGGUCCGAAGGAGGGGCCUAGCACGCUUAGCGAAAAGGCUAAACAGUACAUCGUAGAGCACGUGGACCUCGGUGCUUACUACUAUCGAAAGUUCUUCUAUUUAAGGGAACACUGGAACUACUUCGGAAUGGAUGAGGUUUUAGGUCCGGUGGCGAUAAGCUUGCGUAGGGAGAAGAUGGACGAGGACAAGGAGCACGGCCAGCAGUAUAACUACCGCAUCAUCUUCAGAACAAGCGAGCUUACGACGCUCCGAGGUUCAAUCCUGGAGGAUGCGGUUCUCUCCACCUCCAAGCACGGCACCGCACGAGGCCUGCCUAUUAAAGAGGUACUGGAGUACAUUCUACCAGAACUGGAUCUGUCUUGCCUCAGACUGGCCCUCAAUACCCCCAAAGUAACGGAGCAGCUGAUGAAACUGGAUGAACAAGGGCUGAGUUUCCAGGUGAAGGUGGGGGUGAUGUACUGCCGUGCUGGUCAGAGCACCGAGGAGGAGAUGUACAACAAUGAGAUGGCGGGUCCUGCCUUGGAGGAGUUUCUCCAGCUGCUGGGGGAGAAGGUUCGCCUCAAGGGCUUCACCAAGUACAGAGCCCAGCUGGACACCAAAACCGACUCCACAGGAACCCACUCGCUGUACACAUCCUACAAGGACUACGAGCUCAUGUUCCACGUGUCCACUCUGCUGCCUUACACGCCCAAUAAUAAGCAACAGUUGCUGAGAAAGCGUCACAUUGGGAACGACAUCGUGACCAUCGUGUUCCAGGAGCCCGGUGCACACCCCUUCACGCCGAAGGCCAUUCGCUCUCAUUUUCAGCACGUUUUCAUUGUUGUCAGGGUGCACAACCCUUGCUCAGACAACACCUGCUACAGUGUGGCCGUUAGCCGCUCCCAGGACGUCCCCCCAUUCGGUCCCCCGGUCCCCAAAGGCGUCACCUUCCCCAAAUCCUCCGUCUUCAGGGACUUCCUGUUGGCUAAAGUCAUUAACGCUGAAAACGCAGCCCACAAAUCGGACAAGUUUGGCGCCAUGGCGACGCGCACACGUCAGGAAUACUUACGUGACCUGGCGGAACGUCACGUGACCAACACUCCUGUCGAAUCGGCCGGGAAGUUCCCCUUCAUCUCGUUAGCGCACAAGCGGCGUGAAAAAGUGCGACCGUACAGUGGGGCGGAGCUCCGUAGUCUCGGGGCCGUCACCUGGCAGGUUCACGCUGAAGACCAGGUUGCCGGUUCCGAGCGGGAAUGCUUACUGGCCGUUUCCAACGACUUUGUCAUUCUGCUGGAUCAGGAGGCCAAAGCGGUGGUGUUUAACUGCGCCACGCGCGACGUGAUUGGUUGGUCCACCGGAAGUCCCGCCUCCUUGAAGAUCUUUUACGAACGCGGCGAAAGCGUGUCACUACGCUCGAUUAAUAACAACACCGAAGACUUCGGCGAGGUUGUGAAGAGACUGGAGCUCCUGACCAAGGGUAGCCAAACUGCAGAGAUGACCCUGCGUCGGAACGCCCUCGGCCAGCUGGGCUUCCACGUCAACUUUGAAGGCAUCGUGGCAGAGGUGGAGCCCUACGGGUACGCCUGGCAGGCCGGGCUCAGGCAAGGCAGCCGAUUGGUGGAGAUCUGCAAGGUCGCCGUGGCGUCGCUGUCGCACGAGCAGAUGAUCGACCUGCUUCGAACCUCCGUCACCGUCAAAGUGGUCAUCAUUCCUCCACAUGAGGACUCUACACCUCGCAGAGGCUGCUCGGAGAUCUAUCACAUGCCCCUAGUGGAUUACAAGAACCACAAGGAGGGCAUGCCCUAUGAGUUGAAGUUCCCUUUCCGCCCGGUCACCAACAGCAACACCAAGUGGCCUCGUACCUCCUCCAGCCCUCAAACGCGACCUGCAGGCUCAGGCGGAACGCUCAUCAAGGCUCCUCCGUCAGACUUUGCCAACUCCGCCAUACUUCCUCGUAGCGUUUCCAGCGAUGGCCGACCCAUCAUUCCCAAAAGAUAUUCACCCGGAAAUGAAAACUACGCCCUGGCUUGUUCCAUCGUGAUGGGUCGGACUCUUCAUAACACAAAUUCCCCCGCCAGCCUCUCCUACACGGACAACAUGAGCUCCAACCACUGGAGGCAGAAGUCUAUGCCUGAGGGGUUUAAUAACAACUGCCAGUCCCCCGUGUCGUCUGUACGGCAGUUGCCAGGUGACGCCGCAAGUGUGGUUAAAAUGGGCCCCAGCACCGCUGCUUGGUCCCCAAAUGGGGAGGCUGAGGCAGCGUGCAGACAGGCGGAUAAAACCACUGCAGACACAAUGGUGUCCAAAAUGGUGAUUCCUCGACUCCAUCCGCCUGAGCAAAGUGGACACAUUUCACCUAACAAGACUUCUAAGGACGCUCCGUAUUCGUCCAGCCAAUCGAGCAGCAACACUCUAUCAAGCAACGCCUCAAGCUCCGCCCACAGCGACGAGAAGUGGUACGAAGCGGGCUCCCGCUCGGGAGUGCGUGGCGACCUGGAGCUCGGCGGCUACCUCCAGGGCGCGUCCACGGACAGCGGCAUCGACGCCACGUCCUUCACCGCCACCCAAAGCAGCACCGCUUCCUCCGGCGGUGCCUUCAGGGCCAAGGAUUCCGCGCCGUGGCAGGAUGAAGCGGCGGGAGUGGCCGAGUCUUCUUCUUCUUCUUCUUCUUCGCCUUCAGAUCCGGACUCUCUUGUUCCUGUUGGAGGAGGUGCGGAGAACACCUCGAAGAGCCCUUCGGCGUUUCCUGAUGGCGGUUCCUACACCGUGAGCGACGGCGCCUCCCUUUCCAGCAGCACACUGAGUCCCUCAGGGAGUCUAAUGGCCGCCCCAAGCCCCGUCUCCCCCCAGGAGGAGCCAUCGACUCCCACUUCACCCACCUGCCAGAAUUCCUCUGGUGCCAAAACCUUCUACCCACGGCAAGGGGCUACAUCCAAGUUCCUGAUUGGCUGGAAAAAACCCGGUGGGACGGUCAACUCUGUGGAUUUUGGCAACACUCGGAAGCGACACCAGAGUGACGGCCUCCUCGUUAGUCAACCGCAGCUCAGAGCUAAUCUACGAGGCUCCCAGUCGCCACAACGACACACUGCCAAGUCCAGCCUGGAAGAAGACCUGAAGAAGCUUAUUCUUCUAGAUAGUCCUCCACCCACAUCCAAUGAAGAGAAGCCUUUCCCACCGAUGACACCCACCCGACGCUCCCUUCAGAGGACGCUCUCGGAUGAGAGUAUCUACAGCAGACAGAGGGAGUCCAUCUCCAGUGACAAACGAGACACGCCCAUCGACCUUCUGUUCAGCUGCUCCACCGUGCCGCGCUCCCCCACUGCUCGUAAUGUAGCGAGCCGCAGAACGUCACACAAAUCCUUAGGAAACCUGUCGGCUCCUGAAAGCACCGAGUCAGAGCGAGAGCGGGCCAGGCAGCAGCUGCAGGAUCCGUCCCUCAUGCCCCUGCCUGAUACGAGGACAGAUGGCCCGCUGGACUGGGCCCACUUGGUCGAUGCUGCCAAAGCCUUUGAGGAGCAGAGGCUGGUCUAUCUGGCCGCCCAAGAGGAGAACGCCGUGGCUGAGACCGCUGCGGGUGUCAGCCCCCAGCAGGCUGAGCCUCAGGCAGCCCCGUUAAGGCAGCCCUCGCCUGGCGAGACACCGGCUAGUCUCAUGGGGAAGGUUAGCCAGCUGGAGUCCAUGGUGAAGGCGCUACAGGAAGACCUGAAAAAGGAGAAGGAUGCCAAGGCGUCCCUGCAACUCCAGAUCCAGGGCUUACGUGAGGACAACCAGCGCCUCCUGGAGGAGUCCUACAGCGCUUCGGCCAAGUUGAAGAAGUUCACCGAGUGGGUCUUCAACACCAUCGAUAUGAACUGACUCACAGGCACAGGGACUACUACGCUGUCGUUCUGUCCAUCAAGAAGAGGAUCCACUCAUGCUCUUAAAAGACUCGUGGACGCUCGCUCCUCGGGGGGGUGGGGGUGGGGGGGUUUACAUCAAUCAUUCCGGUGCCAAAACAUCAUCCGGCGCCUUGUGAAACCUGGCAAGGGAUCGUUCUGGAAUGAAGCAAGCAUGCGCUCCGUAGCCGUCCCGUGCAUGUCGGAGAAGAGACACGAUGUAAAUGUCACCGGGGGGGUCGGUUCUUCUGAGAAAGGGGGGGGGCGAAUGUGGACUCACAAUAUAAGAGUUGACUGGCCCUAAGAGAAUAUAAAAAAACGCUGGUGUAAUGCUAAUAUUGUAGCAGCGUGACAACAGACAAUGUAAGGUCAUGUGACUGCCCCCCCCCCCCCCCCUUCUACCCCCCCAAUGUAAAAGAUUGUACAUGUGUAUCACUGCAAGGUAGAAGUAGUACUACAACUGCUGGAAACAAUUUAUCUUUUGUAAAAAAAAAAAACACAAAAAAUAGUUAUGACUGCUCAGUGUCACUUAUUCCUGUUCCUGAGUAUAUAUAAAUAUAUAUACAUAUAUAUGUAUAUAUAUUUAUACACACAACAAUGUAUUUUUUUUCUCUCCCUCCAUUCUCCUUAAGAAGAUAUUUAAAGAGUAUUUAUGAAUAAACAGCAGUCGUACACAGGCCAGGGAUCUACAUGUAUAACACAUAAUCAGAUACUUAAAAGUAAUUAUAUUUCAUUUGAAAAGUAAAGAAACCAAUUAAGUAUAUAUAUUUAUUAUAUUACUGAAAUAUUCAAAUUAUUUUUGGACAUGAAAUGCCUUCAAAUUGAUUAAGAGUUGUGUUGCAAAAGGGUGGAAUAUUGUAUGAAUUGUACUAUUUAGUUGGAGAUGCUGGACUUUUUUUUGUGGGGAAAAAUAAUAAUAAUAAUAAUCAAAAAUAAUAAUGAGAACUGGAAUUGUCAUAAGAAGACAUGCGAGUCAUAUGUUAAAAUAUACAAUGUAUUAUAGUAUAUAUUUAUAAGUAAUAUUUAUUUAUUUAUUUAUUUUUUUUAGCAACCGUAAAAUUAUAAAAAAUUAUAAACAUACAUAAUAAUUUUAGUUUGUUUUCCAAUUACGAGUUAUUUUUUUUAUAUACAUUUAUAUGUUUUCCCAUUGAAAGUUUCCUAACUAUUUGAAACUUUAGUAGCCCAAGUUAGUGUUGACAUGUAAUGCUAAAAAUGCUACAAAUGCUACAUGGAAAGUGACCACAGCAUGCUUGAGAGCCUCCAAUGUGAUCCUUAAGGUUUUGUUCAAUGUAUAUCAACCACAUGGUGAAAUAUUGGGUUUGAGUCCAGCUACAGGUGCUUCUACGUGACACUGACCUGAAAACCUCUCUUCAACUCUUUUCCGUUUUUUUUUUUUUUGAUACUCGUCAAACUUUGCACCUUCGUUAUAAAGUAUGAGAUGAUUUUUCUUUAUUGUCCAGCUGACUGGAGAAAAAAUAAUAAAAAAUAGCAGGAGGGCAUAAAGCUGGAAGAAAGCACCUCUUGAACCUUCAUCCUUAACACGUGUGACGGCAUGUGACUAUCCAUUCACUUGUGAUGUGUACAAAAUGUUUAUCUAUUA